UCCUUCCAAACUCAACUACUUAUAUGAUACCUCCCCAAGCACCUCAUUUCCCAAAUACUCAAUUCCAUUGAUCUUUCUCUUGCACAUACAAACAACAUGAGCACCAACACCGACAACACCAACCAGAAGAACCAGACGGUUCCAGAAGCACAAGGUGUGGCAUCGUCUUCAUCGUCUUCUCCGACGAACGUUAGCACUGAGAAUUGGGGAACUCACAUCAUGGGCACCCCCGCCGUUCCCAGCAGCCACCCAGAUAACAAAAAAGCAGCUUUACAGAGCGGCGGUGGCGGCGGACAACCUCAGCCUGUUCAAUACUACCAACAACAUCCCUACGUCCAACACAGCCCUGUCGAGAAACCCAGCAACAGUCCCAUGGAGUCCAUCCUUCACAUGUUCGAUACGUGGAGCAAAAAGGCUGAAGCCACCGCCCACAACGUCUGGCACAACCUUAAAACAGGUCCAUCAGUGUCUUCGGCUGCACUGGGGAAGAUGAAUCUGACUGUGAAAGCAAUAUCAGAGGGUGGAUUUGAGUCCCUUUACAAGCAAACAUUCUCAACCUAUCCGAAUGAGAAGCUGAAAAAGAGCUUUGCUUGUUAUCUUUCAACUUCAACCGGUCCUGUUGCAGGAACCCUUUACCUGUCCAAUAUUCAUGUAGCCUUUUGCAGUGAUCGCCCAUUGAGUUUCACCGCACCUUCUGGCCAGGAAACUUGGACCUACUACAAGGUAAUGGUGCCUUUGGCGAAGGUUGGAACAGUCAACCCAGUGAUCAUGAGGGAGAACCCAUCAGAAAAGUACAUUCAGAUUGUGACUGUGGAUGGACAUGAUUUUUGGUUUAUGGGUUUUGUCAAUUUUGACAAAGCAGUGAAGAACCUCUCAGAAGGUAUUUCACAGUUUGUAGUGCCAGGAGUGGCUGUGCCAGCCACUGCUUCUGGAGAAAAUGGAAAGAACUUUCAGUGAUUUCUUGUAUUGGAUUAUUUUGGUGUAUAAUUUUGUUUAAAAUUUUGACUUUGAGAUUUGUGUAGUGCAUUGGACCAAUACUUUAUUGUAAAUUUUUGUAUGAGUGUAUGCUGCUAUAUAUUUCAUAAUACACAGUUGAAAUA